AGGGCGGGACACCCCCCAACACGAGCCCUGUGCUCUCUCAUCUCCCCACCAACACUCCGCUGUCUGGGCGCGGGAGUGAGGUCCGGGCCUGGAUGCGUGGGGUAGGGGCUGCGGUUCGUGUCCUGCGUGCCGGGGCUGUGGAGGGCCUAUAUGGUGCCGAGGGCAUCCUGCCUGCACGAAGGACGCUGCGGCCACAGGGCAAGGGGCGCUGGCAGCAGCUGUGGGAAACCCCGACGCUGCUGUGGGAGGCACCGAGACUGGGGCUGGACACGGCGCAGGGCCUGGAGCUGCUGAACCUGCUAGGCACUCUGCUGGCCCUGGGCGCACUGCUGCUGCGCCAGCUGCGCCACCUCCUCACCUACUUGUUGCUCUGGGCUGCCUACCUGUCGGCCUACCAGGUGGGCCAGGUGUUUCUUUACUUCCAGUGGGAUUCCCUGCUGCUGGAGACUGGCUUCCUGGCCAUGCUGGUGGCUCCCCUGAGGCAGUGCCCCCACCACAAGCAGGCCCCCCAGGGGGGGCUGGCAGGGGCCUUGCCCCACGAAGGCCUCCCCUUCUGGCUCGUGCGUUGGCUGCUGUUUCGCCUCAUGUUCGCCUCGGGUGUGGUCAAGCUGACCAGCCGUUGCCCCGCGUGGUGGGGUCUCACUGCCCUUACCUACCACUACGAGACGCAGUGCCUGCCCACACCUGCCUCCUGGUUCGCCCACCACCUGCCCGUCUGGCUGCACAAGCUCAGCGUGGUGGCCACCUUCCUCAUCGAGAUCGCAGUGCCCCCUCUGUUCUUCGCCCCUGUUCGCCGCCUGCGCUUGGCUGCCUUCUACUCCCAGGUCUUGCUGCAAGUCCUAAUUAUCAUCACUGGCAACUAUAACUUCUUCAACCUUCUCACCCUGGUGCUCACCACCUCCCUCCUGGAUGAUGAGCACCUGGCUGCCAAGUCGGGCAACAGCCACUGCAGGAAGACACCCACCUCCUGGCCCAAGGCUCUGCUGGCCAUGCUGUCCCUGCUGCUAGAACUGACCAUCUAUGGGCUGCUGGCCUACGGCACCGUGCACUACUUUGGCCUGGAAGUGGACUGGGAGCAGCACACUGUCCGCUCCAGAACCACCUUCACCUUCCACCAGUUCUCCCAGUGGCUGAAGAUGGUGACCCUGCCCACCAUGUGGCUGGGGGUGGCCUCCCUCACCUGGGAACUGCUGACCGCCCUCUGGAGGUGGACCCAGGUGCGAGGGUGGCUGAGGAAGCUCUGUGCUGCGGUCCAGCUGUCCAUCUUUGGCACUGCCACGGUGGCCCUGUUCAUGAUUAGCCUGGUGCCAUACUCCUAUGUGGAGCCCUCAACCCAUGGGCGCCUCUGGACUGGGGCCCACCGCCUGUUUGGCACUGUGGAGCACCUGCAGCUGGCCAACUCCUAUGGCCUCUUCCGCCGGAUGACCGGUCUGGGUGGACGGCCUGAGGUGGUGCUUGAGGGCAGCUAUGACGGGCACCACUGGACGGAGAUCGAAUUCAUGUACAAACCUGGGAACGUGAGCCGGCCGCCCUCUGUUGUGGUGCCCCACCAGCCACGCCUGGAUUGGCAGAUGUGGUUCGCGGCCCUGGGCCCCCACACACACAGCCCCUGGUUCACGAGCCUGGUCCUCCGCCUGCUGCAGGGCAAGGAGCCCGUGAUCCGCCUCCUCCAGAACGACGUGACCAAGUAUCCCUUCCACAAGCAGCCGCCUACCUACCUGCGCGCCCAGCGCUACAAGUACUGGUUUUCGCAGCCUGGGGAGCAGGGCCAGUGGUGGCGACGCCAGUGGGUGGAGGAAUUCUUCCCAGCCGUAUCCCUGGGGGACCCGACGCUGGACAUGCUGCUCAGGCAGUUUGGCCUUCAGGACAAGAGCCCACCCCGGCCCCACGGCUCCAGCAGCCCCCUGGCCCAGGCCCUCCACUGGAUACGGAAACAGCUGUCUCACCUGGAGGCUCCCAUUGUGCUCUGGGGGCUCCUCAUCACCUUGGGGGCCAUUAGGGUCAUCCAAGCCCUGCUGGGCCCCCGUUCCCCCCGCUCCUCCCCUCCGGCCAGGGAGGAGAAGCACAGGCCAGCCUCCAAGAAGGACUUGGGAGCUGCCGGCAAACAGGCUGCCCCAGCCCCCGACAACAACAGCAGCGGUUCUCAGACCCUCCGGCGGAAAAAGUAGCUGCAUUCUGUCCGCCCGCGUCCUGAGAGGGUCAGGGUCCCCAGCACAUCUCUGGGCUUGUGCAGCAGGACAUGGCCCAGCCACCGUGCCUUAGCCAGCUGCCAUGGCAGAUGCAGGUUGGCGUGCUGCUCUUUGGGGCAGGCUCUGGCUGCCCUGUUGCUUCAAGGGCACACUCGUCCCCCCACGCCAACCACAUCCCUCCCCAGGGCACCCUCUGGCCUGGAUGAUGGCCCAGGAGGCGGGUAUGUGACCCGGCUCAGGGUCCUCCUCAGGAUGUCGUAAUCAGGGCUGUGGAAGGCCCUUGCCUUGU